CAACACGAUGAAGAAUUCGAUAAUAUUAUUUUUGACGUUGGUUUACUGUAUUUCUGGUAAUAACGUACCUCAAUUACCAUCGUUUUUAAAAAUAUGUCACCGAAAUGAUCCAUAUUUGAAUAGAUGUAUUAAAGAAAGUGUGGAACAAUUGAAACCAUAUUUAAAUACUGGAAUUCCAGAAUUAAAUAUUCCACCUUGCGAACCACUUUAUAUCGAUCGGGUAGAUUUAAAUCAGACAGAUGGUUCCAUUUUUAUAAAUUCCUAUUUCACGGACAUCAAAAUUUUCAAUUCAUUUAAUAGCAAUAUAAAGCAGCUCAAGUACGAUGUGGAGAAAAAUCAAUUGAAAAUAAAACAAUUUGUACCACAUUUCGAAAUGUUAUCGAAUUAUAAUAUAAACGGUAAAAUUAUGAUGUUACCAAUAUCAGGGGUUGGAUCAGCUUCUUUUAAUUUAACCAACGUUGACUAUACUUUAAUGAUUCAAUUUGAACCUUAUCAUGAACCUAAAACGAAUCAGAAACACUUUCGAGUUAAAAACUCGAACAUCGAUUAUAACAUACGUAACUUACAAGUACAUUUAGAUAAUUUGUUUAACGGUGACGAUAUGCUCGAAAAAGCAAUGAACACAUUUUUAAAUAAUAAUUGGAAAUUAAUUGUUGAUGAGGUCAAACCUACUUUAGAAGAAACUAUUCUUAAUAUAAAUAAUAAUAUAAUAGAUAAGAUCUUUACGAUUUAUCCCAUCGACACAUUACUACCACCAUAAGAUUAGAAAUUAUUUUAUAAAAUUAAAACUAGAAAAACCAAACUAGAAAAAGAUGUGUCCAAUAUGCAACAAGACGGAUGAACAACAGAAAAAAUAAUAUUUGCGUUAAAUAUACAUUUAUGUUA